AUGGCCGCCAGAGCUCCCGCAGCCCGCCCAGGCGCAGGCGGCAGGUUCGCCCAAUUCAAACUCGUUCUACUCGGCGAAUCUGCCGUAGGAAAGAGCUCGUUAGUCCUCCGUUUUGUCAAAGAUCAGUUCGAUGACUACAGAGAGUCAACGAUUGGAGCCGCUUUCCUCACUCAAACGAUAUCCCUCGAUGAGAACACCACAGUCAAAUUCGAGAUAUGGGAUACCGCUGGUCAGGAGAGAUACAAGUCAUUGGCCCCCAUGUAUUAUCGUAAUGCCAACUGCGCCGUUGUCGUGUAUGAUAUCACCCAGGCCUCAUCGUUAGACAAAGCAAAGUCAUGGGUAAAGGAAUUGCAGAGACAGGCUAAUGAAAACAUCAUCAUUGCUCUGGCAGGAAACAAGGUGGAUGUUGUCAAUGAAUUCCCCGAUAAACGAGCCAUUGAAACCGCCGACGCCGAGGCAUAUGCAAAAGAAGCCGGCCUCUUAUUUUUCGAAACAUCUGCAAAGACUUCAACAAAUGUCAGGGAACUCUUCACUGCGAUCGCCAAAAAAUUACCACUGGAUCAAGCCGGUCCCAGAAAUCUUCGAUCCAACCCCCGGCCAGGUGUUGAUCUAAGGCCCGAAUCAACCAAUACUCAAGGAGCGGGCAAUUGCCAGUGCUGA